UCAAGCCCCAACCCCUGGCAUGUGCCCUGACCUGGAAUCAAACCAGCAAGCUUUCUGUGCAUGGGAUCACACCCAACCAACUGUGCACACGGCCAGGGCUCACCUAUGACCCUUUAAUUGCAGAUUCCAUCCUACUAUAUUGAAUUCUCCGCCUAUGAACCUGUAGUGUGAAAAACGCCCAUCCAGGACAGGUGCCUCCCCUUGGACUUUUUUUUUUUUUUUUAAGCCUCACCUGAGGAUAAGUUUUUCAUUGAUUCUAGAAAGGAAGGGAGAGGGAGAAACAUUGAUGUAAGGGAGGAACGUAGAUUGGUCGCCUCUCGUAUGCGCCCCGACCAGGAAUCGAACCCAAGCCAUCCUGGCCAGGGCUCCCCUUGCAGGUUUCGGCGAGGCUGCCAUUUACCUGGAAUGGGAAGCCACAUGGCCACAGCUCUCAGUGCUGCAGACGUCUAGGUCCUCCCCCUGCGGGGCCCAAGCUGGGCUCUCAGGGGGCCUGGCAAAACUCCCAGGGCCCCGGGGCUCCUGGUGAACCGGCGGAGCGGCGGGCGGGGCGGGGCUGCGCUGGACGCGCGCCUUCUCCAGGAAUCUUCCUUGCGCGUCUCGUCUGUGCCAGGCACUGUGCGGGGCCCCAUUGCUUCCUCCGACCCCGUUUUGGGUGGAAGAACUGAUCAACCGGCUCCACUUCCCAUAGGGGGAGAGAGCCUCCCGCCGUCUGACCUCCGGGGACACUAACGGUGACACGAACAGCGCCCAUCUCGAGCCCUGGCUAUGGCCUGGCGAGGGGCUGGGCGUUUGCCUGCGUGACGUCACUGCAUCCUCCCCACUUUACAGUGCCUCUGAGGCGCUCAGCUGCCUGGGUCCGCGGGAGCCCACGUCAUGAAUGACCGGAACAGCCGGAGGACAGUGAAGGACGGUGAGGCCUUGGAGAUCUCUAUCCCCUUCGAGGAGACACCCCACGUAGACUCCCAGCUCUUUUACAGUCUGAGCCCCUCUGGGGGAGACUUCAAGGAGCCUCCGGAGGCUGCGUCCCCAACUGUGGCCCUGAUGAAUGGCAUCAGGGCCCAGCUGCACAUGGCCUUGGAGAGGAACUCCUGGCUGCAGAAGCGCAUUGAGGACCUGGAGGAGGAGAGGGACUUCUUGCGGUGUCAGCUGGACAAGUUCAUUUCUUCUGCACGCAUAGAUGCAGAGGACCACUGCCGUGUGAAGCCUGGGCCCCGGCGGGCUGAGGGUGACGGCCGGAGUGGAGCAGCCGGUGAUGCCUCAGACCCUGAGUCAGCUGCCUCCUCGCUCAGUGGAGUGUCUGAAGAAGGCAGUAACUUGGAGAGGAAGAGGCAGAAGCAGAAGGGAGGCGCUGGCCAGAGGCGCUUCGGGAAGCCCAAGGCUCGGGAGAGACAGCGGGUGAAGGACGCAGACGGUGUCCUUUGCCGCUACAAGAAGAUCCUGGGCACCUUCCAGAAGCUGAAGAGCAUGUCGCGCGCCUUCGAGCACCACCGCGUGGACCGCAACACCGUGGCGCUGACCACGCCCAUCGCGGAGCUGCUCAUCGUGGCGCCCGAGAAGCUGGCGGAGGUGGGGGAGUUCGACCCCUCCAAGGAGCGUCUGCUCGAGUACUCGCGCCGCUGCUUCCUGGCCCUGGACGACGAGACCCUCAAGAAGGUGCAGGCCCUCAAGAAGAGCAAGCUGCUGCUUCCCAUCACCUACCGCUUCAAGCGGUGAUCCCGCCCCACCGGGCCCAGGACCCGCCCUCCGGCCCCCACUCCACUCCUCUCCCUCUCCGCCUGGCACGAGGGGGGCGUGUGACGAGUGGGGUGCCCCUCGCCAGGGCCUGGGGUGGACAGCAUGCUUCUGCGUGUGCCUCGCUCCUCCCCCUCCUGCAGACCCCCACCCCACCCAGGCCCCUUGUAUAUAGAUCUGCCCUCUGUGCUUCCCACAUUCCCAGCAUCCUCCCCAUUCCCGGGGUCGAGGGUGGUGUGUCACUUAGCCAGGCUCCCAGGGGCCUGUUUCUGCCCUUUCCUAAACACUGGCACCCCUCCUGCCCUUACUGGGCAUUUCCUUCUGGGAAAACGGCGGGACGCUGGGGGGACGGGGACCCUGUACAUACCCGGUCUCCGCCCCCAGCCCCGAGGACCCGCAUUCUGGACCUCCCCCAAGUCCACGUGAGACAGAGAAUUAAUUAUUCAGAGAAUUUAAAUUAAAAAGAUGAUAAAAUUUGGAAUAAA